GUACCUGACCCUGCCUAUUUGGUAAAGAAGAUUCCCCUUUGGAAGCUUGGAGUGAAGGGAUGGAACAAAAAGGAGUUCACUAAUCAGACCGCAGCCUUAACAAAGGAUAUGAUUUCUUAUUUGCAUGUGAAAGAAAAAUUAGAUCAUGCAUUAGAGGAAGCAUAUCACACUUUUAAACGUGGUGAUAAGGAAAAAUUGCGAGAAUGGACAAGAGAGGUUAUUUCGCUGGAAGAGAGAUGCUCUGCCUUUGACAAGUUAGUCCCUCUGGUGAAAUCUGUGCAAAAGAAUGUGAAAACUAUUAUUAAGGAAACUGAAGUGCCUGAAGAACUUAGUUCUGCCAUUGCCUCAAUCGUGUAUUUUACUUGUUUCUAUGGAAUGCCCUCUUUCCAGCGUUUUACUGCGCAAAUUGCAUUUAAAUUCGGGGAUAAGUAUGUGGAGCGUAUUCAGCAAAAGCACAAGGGCGUAGAUGAUGGUGUGUAUCAGUCUUUGAAUUACAAGCCUUCGAAGGAUGAAAUCAAGGACCGCUCUAAGGAUCUUUCUAGCUUGAGCAAGAAGCGCGAAAAGGAAGAAAAGCAGCUGCUGAAGAAUUCUGGUUCUGCUCUUGUAAGCACGAUAACGGAUAUCCCCAGUGCGCUCGCCAACAUGAGUGCGAAGAAGCCUGCUAAGAAAUCUAAGAGUAGUCGGCGCUCGAGUAAGGUCCAGGAUGAGAGCGAUUCUGAUUCUGAUUCUGAUUCUGAUUCUGAUUCGAAUGAAGAUGAGGAGGAGUAUUCGAAUGACACUGAUUCAGUGACUUCGGAUUCGGGAUCGGAUUCGGGAUCGGAUUCGGAGGAAGAAAAGAAGAAGAAGAAGAAGAAGCAAGCCAAAAAAGAGAAGAAGCAGGAAGCUGAUGUGGCGAAGGUGAAAAAAGUAAAGCCCAUGAAUGAAACGGACUCUGAAAUACCUCCGGAAGAGUCUGAUAAAAGUCCAGCCAUGGCUAAAGAAGAACAACCUGAAGUUGCGAAAGAGGAGAAGAUUUAUUUGUGUUUUUUUACACAAACAUGA